AUGGGUCAUUUUUUUAGUGAAUUUGGAUACAAAAUAUUUUCACUUUCUAAUGGAGAGCUUCUUGGUAAAUUCACUGAUAAUCAUAAUCAAGUUGGAACUCAAUGUAUUUCCAUGAAUGAAGAACUUAUUGCAUUGGGUACACAUAAAGGAAUCAUUCAUGUACUUUCAUUGGCAGAUGAAAGAAAAAUUGCACAAUUUGAAGUAUUUAAUGAUCGGCAGAUUGCAGGGAUUCAACUUGUUGGUAAUAACAUGGUAAUUUCAGUUUCAUCAAUAAAUGGAAUUAUUGAAGUUUUUAAUGUGAAAACUCAUGAAUGUAUUCACAAAUCCACCAUCCUAAAAACAUCGAUUAGUUCAUGUACAAUUGAUUAUUACAGUGAUGCUAAAUGUGAUAUAUUAUGCAUUGCACCACAAGGAUCAGUUUUUCAUUUAAGAUGGGAUUUUAAUAUGACAUCAUCAACGACAAAUUUGAUGGAAAAUGAAGAUGGUGACGAGGAAGAAAAAUUAAGAGGAAUAUUUUCAAAGGAACCAAAGAUACUUUAUAAAAAUGAAGAUUUUCUACACAAAAUAUUAUGUGUUGGAAUCGAUUCUAAAUACAAUCAUGGAAUAAUUGGAUCUUUACUUUCUUAUCCUGCAAAAAGUAAAUUAUUGAUUUAUAAUCCAAAUAAAGGACCUUAUGACAUGGAUAAUAAUACUUCACCAUCUGUCGUUACUAGUACAUCUUUGGAAAAUAUAAUAAAUACAGUAUUUGUUGCAUUAAGCAUUGACGAGGAAAGAAUCGUGGCUGGAUUGGUUGUUGAAUGUGAUGGUGAUGGAAAUGUCGUAAUUGAAGAUGCCGGUCAUAAAUUGAUUGACGACCAAAAUCAAUUAUCUUUAAAAAUGAAGGAUGGUUAA